UGUAUUUUGAUUCGCACUCGAAAAUGCGAAUUUCCAAAUUUUUACUGCUGCUGGGUACUCUUCUAUCCUUGGUCGCCUUGCAAGUGACGGAAGGUCACAGAGAUGGCAGCUACGAUGUUGCACGUGGUGGUAAAGGUGAAAAAUCUUCGGGAUCCAUGAAAGGAAAGGAAGCACCUGGUGGUAAACGGAAGGGCAACAGGAAUUCAUCUUCAGCCUCGUCCUCUUCGGAAGAAGAUGACGAUGAAUACGAUGAGAAGGUCCGCAUUUCAGAUCAAGCAAAACGAGCGGCCCGUGAAAAGAAUCAAAAGAUGAAGGUUACGACAACUGUAAAACCUGCGAAAGGGAGAAAACAAACAACUACCACAGUAAAGCCCACGAAAGGUGGAAAAAAGACUACGAAGAAACCCACAAAAAAUGGAAAACAAGUUAUGACAACCAAGAAAAAGAUUGGUUCAACUACGAGAAAAUUGACCACGAAGAAGCUUACUACGCUCUUAACUAAAUCCACAAGAAGAGUUCCUACAAAGAAACCACUGUCUACUACAUUUAGACCGUUCAACAAUACCAUGGUAACACCAGUAAACUGUUCAAUGAUGAACUGGAACUUCACGACGCCGGCUCCUCGCAUCAACGCUUCUUCGACAAUUGACGCCAUUGCAGUAACUAGUCCGUUACCUGUGGAGUUGAGUACUACCACUGAGGAACCAAUGACAACUACCACAACUACUGAAGAACCGACAACAACAACGGAGGAACCGACUACAACAACUGAAGAACCAACCACCACGACAACGACAACAGAAAAACCAACGACUAGAAGAACGACAACCACGACUGAAGAACCAACGACUACGACGACGACAACAACAACAACCACGACUGAAGAACCCACAACAACAACGACGACAACAACAACCGAAGAACCGACAACCACGACAACAGAACAGACGACAACCACAGAAGAAUCCACUACUACGACAACAACCGAGGAACCAACAACGACUACUUCAACGACAACCGCUCUUCCGACAACAAAGCAAGCCAUUGCUUCGACGCUCUUCCCUUCCAGAGAAAACGGUCAAUCGGGUUCCGGUGGCGUCCGAGUGACAACGACGACAACAACAACAUCAAGAAGCCCAUUCGGGAACAACAACAAUAACAACCGAGGCAAUGAUGACCGAGGUGGACGUGGAGGACGCGAUAAUGGUAGAGGCGGUCGUGACAAAAGCCGUACCGGUGAUCGAGGUGGACCCGGUGCUGCUGUCGAUAGCACCGAAGAACGUGGAGCAGGAGGAGGUCCUCCCGGUGGAAACGGUGGGGGAGGUGGUCGUGAGUUCGGUUUAGGUGGAGGUAACGGCCGUAAUGAUGGUCGUGGAUCUCGGGAUAUGACACCUGUCAGACGGAACGAGCCUAGCAAUGGUCGAGGUUCAGGUGGGAUGUUUAACCCACGAAAUGGAUUGUUUUAG